AUGCCGGAAAAGCAAGGAACCGAGAAGAUUAAUUGUCGAGACGAGCUGGCCCUGUUCCACGCGAAAGACGAGAGAUUUCUGUUGGACGGCUACGAUCUUUCGACUGGCCUGUCCAUUAACCUGAAGAAGCACGUAUGCAGCUGCGGGAAAAUCUACAGCCAGAAGAGCUCCUUGGAUCGACAUCUACGAUACGAGUGCGGAAAGAUGCCGAACGUGCCCUGUCCCCAAUGCGGGAAAAUGUUCAAGCACAAGCACCACGUGACCCAGCACUUGAAAAGCUAUCCAGCUGGUCGGCCAUAUUACCAUCGAUCCCAGCCGAUACCCCGUCAAGAGGCCGAUGAUCAACGUGUCGCCGAGAGGCGAUUCUACUGCGACAAUUGCGGGAAAUCGUACAAAUGGAAGGAGUCGUUGUUCAAGCACAAACGGGUCGAGUGCGGAAAGUUGCCGCAAUUCUCGUGCGAGGUCUGCGGAUAUCGAUUCAUGCACAAGCAUCACUUGAUCAAACACAUGACCUCGAUCCAUCAAUUGGCCCCGGCCACUGGGGCCGUAAUAUUCCGUUGCCUGAAGCACUUGCUGGCGAAGAGGACAUUCGGGUGCACGAAUUGCGGCAAGCAGUACGCCAGACGCGAUUCCUUGUACAAGCACACGCAUUACGAGUGCGGAACGGAACCGAGGUUCGGCUGCACCGUGUGCGGUAGAAGAUUCAAGCGGAAACAUCAUCUGACGUACCAUGUGACGAACAUGCACAAGACCGCUCCGAAAUGA